UCGCUUUCUGUGAGGAAGUUUCUGUAGUAGCGCAGCACUUUCUCCCUUGAGUGGAAAUUAAUGAUAACACUUUGAUCGUGUACUAUUUUUGCUUCAUCUUCCGGUUAAGGAAUCAUUGACCCUUUCGACUCGUCACUAGUAUUGAACAGUGAGUAACAAAACAGCAGCUGCGAAUCAUGUGUCAAACUGAUCAGUUUACAUCUGAUCAUGUUGGCACGAGAACUCAAGUUAGGCACCAUCGAGGGAAACUUUCGUUGUCGUUGGAGAGUUAGCAAGAGUGGUAACACCAUCAGUGUUGUUUGCCGACAAAAACCAACUAAACGUUUAAAUCCAAAGAUGGCUGCUGUGGGGGGUCGAGUGCAUCAUAGGUGGGAAACAACUCGCCCCAUGAUGAUGCCGAAACCAAUCGUACCACCAAAGGCUCGAAUGGUUACAUUUUAUAAGAAUGGGGAUCCAUUUUUCAGCGGUACUAAAGUAUCUAUAAUGCCUGGUAAAGAUUUCGUUUCUUUAGAUAGCUUGUGCGAUUAUUUGACGCAACGAAUGAAUAUUCCUCAUGGAGUGAGAUUUAUAUUUUCUUUGACUGGAAGAAGGGUAAAUGAUUUAAAUGACUUAUUAGAUGGAUAUUCCUAUGUAGUAUCCGGUACAAAAAACUUCCAAGAACUUGCUUAUGGGCAAUCUAAUAGAAUGAGAGCAGCAAUGGUUUCUCGAGCUCACUUACCAUUGCCAAUUCGAAAGGAGGAUCUUAAACUCUACAGACCAAUCUCGCCAAACAAAGUGUUUCGUGUUAGAACUCCCAAAAACUUACGAAGUCGAUCUCUUCCCAUUCAAAAUGAAGGGAAAACGAUUACUAUUGUCAAUAGUCAAAAUCCUACAGUUUUUAGUAGAAUUUUACUUAAUUUACGAACUACUCAAUCAUUUGAAGAAAUUGUUGAAGAUUUAGGCCAAGCUAUUAAACUUCCACAGGCGAAAAAAAUUUACAACCAAAUGGGUGAUGAAGUUCGCAGUUUUUCUCAGCUAAAAAAUGAACUGAAGAAAUGUGAAACAUUUUACAUCGACACAGAAAGAGACUUUUCAAUGGAUUUGCAACCGGAAUCAUCGGGAAGUCUACCUAACUUGUCAGGUAAUAUGAAAGAAGAUCUGAUUUCACAAGACGCAACAAAUGACCUAUUAGAAGCAUCGUAUUCCAUAGCUAUUUCACCACCCUCUAGGAAAAGAACUCAUAAAGGCCAAGCAAACAAAAAAACCAAGAAAGCCCAAGAUGGAACUCAAGUAAAACUAUCACCAAAUAAACGUAUAGAAAUGGAAUGGGUCCAUGGAUACCAUGGGUUAGAUCCAGGUCGAAAUUUGUUUAUGCUGACAACAGGAGAGCUAGCAUAUUACGUUGGUACUAUCGCAGUAUUACACCAUUAUUCCAAUGCAACGCAGCGUCAUUAUUUAGGACAUACGGAAGAUAUUUUAUGCAUGGCUCUUCAUACACAUGAUGAUGUGCUGGCUACUGGUCAAGGGUCAGGAAUCGAUAACAAAUCUCAAGCUCACAUCCGUGUUUGGAGAGCAGAUGAUUUGACAACAAUUGCUGUAAUAGGACAGGGAAAGCUAGAAAAUGAUAUUAUUGGAGCAGUUUUUUCAUGGGAGGGAUCAUCAAUGAUGAUUUUAGAAGGACUUCAGGAUACAACAAUAUCAUUAUGGGAUUGGCAAAAUGAUACAGAAAUAACCCGUGUCUCCACAGGUCAAUCCUUACUUGGGGGUGCUUUUCAUCCAAUAGAAGACGAUAUUAUAGUUACAUAUGGAAGACAACAUUUAGCUUUUUGGCUCAAAGAGUCCAAUGGUUUACUGAUUCGGAAGGAUCCACUCUCAGCUGGACGCACAGGAACAAAUUUUUUAUCAAUGGAGUUUCUUUCUGAUGGUGAAUUGGUUACUGGUAAUUCAAGAGGUUUUAUAACUGUAUGGGGAUUAAGCGAAGAUUCUGGAAAAGUAUUUUUUAUUCAGAAAGAAUUCAAAGCACAUGACGGAGAAGUUACAGCUCUUCUUCCCUUACCUGAAGGAGUUCUAGUAUCUGGUGGUAGUGCCAACGAUCAAGAAGGGGAAAUUCGUGUAUGGGAUACCACGAAAAAGUUUGCGAAUCUUGCUUCUGCUGUGCUUCCAACUGGUUCGGGAGGGGUAACUUCAUUAUGUCCCCAGAAAACAGUUACUAAUGAAUGGGAACUCUUCGUAGGUACAAAUAAAAACGUCAUUUUGGAAGGAUCAGUCAUGUGGGCUUUAAAUCCCGUGGUUCAUGGACACUGUGAUGAUGUGAGAGCUCUUGCUUGCCAUCCUGAUAAGGCAUGUUUUGUAACAGCUGGACUAGAUCGUUACAUUUGUAAAUGGGAAGUAAACAGUCUCAUUUGGAAAGUUCAAAGUGAUAGUGAGUGCUAUUCUAUAACGAUUCAUCCACAUGGAAGUAUAGUAGCUGUAGGAGAUGAACAUGGAGACGUCACAUUUCUCAAUAUGGAAGAUGGAUUACAUGUUACGACGCUUCCUGUAACCAACACUCCUUUAUUCACAUUAAAGUACUCUCCUGAUGGAGAUACAUUAGCAAUUGGAGGAGCCGAUGGCAAUAUAUAUUUAUUUCAAACGCACAGCAAUGGAUAUAUGUAUAAAAUUGAUUUUGUUCUAAAUGGAUGUGUUCCUAUUUUAAUGCUGGAUUGGUCGGUGGAGGGUUCAUAUCUACAGGCCGUAUUCACAGACAAUGACUACCAUGAUAUCGUAUUCUGGAAUUUAAAAACCAAAGAAAAACUUCAUAGUGCCACACAACUGAAAGCAAUUGAGUGGUAUAAGCCAAAUUGUACAUUGGGAUAUAAGAUAAAUGGUAUGUGGAAUAAUAAACAUAUACCAGAUGCAGUUCAUGUAUGUUGUCAUGUGUCAAAUUCCAAGCAAAUAUUAGCAGCUGGAGAUAAGAAUGGUUUUAUAAGAUUAUUUCGAUACCCUAGUACAAGUGAUAGAGUGAGUAUUCUUAUCUUUCACAUUUUGGCUCAUAUUAAUCAAAGAGCUCACUAA